ACGGAACGGCGACGAGCGCGAUCGUCGCGAUAUCGUCCUUUCGCGGAAUCGGUCGGACGGGUCGACGUCAGUCGCGUUUCUUUGGCGGAAACCCGGGCAAACAUCGACGCGCGAUUUAUCGGCGACUCGUAUCCGCCGCGGCAGGAAAACCGUUGCGAUUCUCGAUAGACGGAUUGGUUAGGGGGCUAGCGGGGAGCAGAGAGUAGGUGCGAGUCCACGGAGAGGGGAGAAAUUCGUGCAUCAGAGUCCAGGAACGAUACGGAAUGGUGCAGUGUGAGCCGGUGCGCGGCGCGAAACAGGUGAUGGUGGUUUGGGAAAUGAUACGGCGAUUCGCUCGACAAACUCGACAAACUCGAUUCGGCCGGUUCGCUCGAACGCAUCGCGCGCAGCAAGCUUUCCGAAGCUAGUUUAAUAUUCUCGGUCCGUCAUUUCGGAAGGAAGUCGACUUUCGAUCGAGAAAAGGUCGAGACCUUGUUCCGCGCGGCUGCGCGACGCGUUCCGCGAUACAAUCGAACCGAAAUUCACUUUCGAUCGUUCCAGCGCGUGUCGCGCUUAAAACCGUCGGGUUCCCUCUGAAUUUCGUGUUUUCACGCCGCUGGUCGACCAGUUUCGACACGGUCGAGCGGUCCUAGAACAGUCGCGCGCUCUUUACCUUGAGUCGAUCGCUAUCGAUCGGUUUCCAUCGUUCUCCCGCCAAUUUAUGCGAGCCGCGAUUCUCUCGAACCGAGUCGUAAAAUCGAGUCGAGUAUCGCGCGGCACUGUGCGUCGAGAUCGUCCGUCGCGAGCCCAUCGCCGUCCCGCGCUCCGCCGAUCCGUCGUCGACGCAGCACCGGUAAACCUCGAAAAUUUCCCGAUACCGAGCUCGCUGGGAAUGCGCGAACCCGUGCGGACGUCCUGGACUACCGCCGACUGGACCUCCUGAAAACAAUCCGCCGGAAAGACUGCCAACGAACGAACGCUCGUCGAGGCAUUACAGAGGGCCGCUCGAAGGUGAACUGUGCGCACGUUCCUUCCUUUCGGCGAAAGGAAAGAAAAGAUUCGGUUUCGUUCGACGGGAAGCAGCUUGGUUGUCGGCGAAGAGUUGCGACGAGACGAGAUUACGACCACGACAACCACGACGAGGACCGCGACCACGACGACGACGACGACGUCGCGGCGGAAGCGUUUGCGCUCGCAUUCGCGUUUCCUUCCAUAGGAGAGAGAUCCUGCACGCGGAAACGCCGAAUCGUAACUCCCGUCGAAGGAUACGACCUCGAGGAAGACGGAAUCGGUACAACUUCGGCAGCCAAAGCCUAAAGUUAUGACAACAUCCGAUGGGGUGAAAGAUGACCAAACGUCGGAAAUUCAAUGGCAAAGGAUUCAUACCGGUCAAGAUGAGGAUAUGCGUGUUUACGGAUUCGAAGGGAACACCGUGAAACGUAUUCUGACUUACAUCUCGUACGUGCUGACCAUCGGCUGGGUCAGGCUGUUCUUCCACUGGUACCCGCAUCUCCACGUGUACGCGACUCACAACAAGUGUCCAUUGAAUCGCGCCACGAAAUUGCUCGUAACUGAUAAUUAUCAAGGAAAGUACAAGUCUUACCUCGUGAAGGAAGUGAAAACCGUUUCCGCGAAGAACCUAAGCGCGCAAGAAUUGGCUAGAGUUUUCGGCGACGAAGACGACCGUCUCGUUGAGAAAGUGAAAUGCAAGAAACUCAAGAUCCAUUUGGAAAAUGGCACGCAAUGCGAGGUGUCGGAGUACAAAGCUUUCUGGUGCAAAAAGCAGUGUUACGUCUGGGACGCGGCGCAGUACACGUUCUCCAGACUAGUCGGCCUGGACAAAUACACGCUAUGCUCGGAUCUUCACCUGAACAGCAACCAGGGUCUUUCGAAGGAAGAACAGUGCCUUAGGCGACUCGUCUACGGACGCAACGAGAUCGUCGUUCCCGUGCAGAGUAUCGGCGUGCUGCUGGUACUGGAGGUCUUGAAUCCAUUCUACAUUUUCCAAGUUUUCACGCUUUGCGUGUGGUUCGCGGAAGACUACUUGUACUAUACCGCGGCGAUCAUAUGCAUGUCGUUGUUUGGGAUCACAAGUUCCAUAAUACAGACUCGUAAGAAUCAACUGAAUCUUCGCGGCACAGUCUCGUCGACGGAAACGAUUCGAGUGCGUAGAAGCUCCACGCUGUCGGAAAUCGUACCGAGCAGCGACUUGGUGCCCGGUGAUAUCAUCGAGUUGCCCAAACAUCAGGCCACUGUUAUAUGCGACGCGGUCUUGCUAACUGGCCAGUGUAUAUUAAACGAAUCCAUGCUGACCGGGGAGUCUGUACCAGUGACCAAGACUCCGCUACCUCCUCAUCAUGUUCUUUACGAACCGAAAGAAUGCUCCCAUCACACUAUAUUUAGCGGCACCACCAUCAUACAGACCAGAUGUCACGGAAACGAUCCAGUUCUCGCGCGCGUCAUUCGGACGGGAUUUCACACGAACAAGGGUGGCCUGGUAGCGGCUAUCUUGUAUCCACCACCGGCCGACUUCAAGUUCGAUCAGGAUUCUUACAAAUUCAUUGGGAUUCUCGCGUUCAUCGCCAGCUGCGGUUUCAUAUAUACCAUCGUGACCAAGGCAUCCAGAGGAAUCACGGUUGGCGACAUAGCCAUAAAGGCGUUGGACAUCAUAACCAUUGUGAUUCCUCCGGCGCUUCCAGCAGCGAUGACGGUGGGAAAAUUGUACGCGCAGUCGCGUCUGAAAAGAGCGCAGAUCUACUGCAUCAACAACAGAGUGAUCAACGUCUCUGGCAGUAUAAAUUGCGUCUGCUUCGACAAGACCGGCACCUUGACGGAGGAUGGUUUGGACAUGUGGGGAAUCGUGCCCUGCACGAACGGCAGCCUCGGCGAACCGGAAAGAAGCAUUCCUAAAUUAAAGGAUCAUCCUCUUUACCAGGGCAUGUUGGUUUGUCACAGUCUGACUAUAAUAAACGACGAGCUCUGCGGAGAUCCUCUAGACGUAAAGAUGUUCGAAAGUACCGGAUGGCUGUUGGAGGAACCUAACGGCGAUCAUUCGAAGAAACAUGAUCUCGUAGCGCCGACGGUCGUAAAGCCGGCGAGGAAUGCCGGCUUCGGGGAAAAUACGAGCGAGCCGUCUGAAAUCGGGAUAGUACAGCAGUAUCAGUUCUCGAGCUCUCUACAACGAAUGUCUGUGAUAGUACGCGUAUCAGGGUCCGAGACUUACACAGCUUAUACGAAGGGAUCGCCUGAAAUGAUCCUCAGUUUAAGCAAACCAGAGACUGUUCCGAAAGACAUUCUGUUUAGCUUGAGAAGGUACACGGAACAAGGUUAUCGAGUGAUAGCUAUGGGUCGUACGACAUUCACGGAAGACGGUGCCAAGAUAAUGAAACUGGCCCGUGACGCGGUCGAACAGAACCUUGAAUUUCUGGGCUUAGUCAUCAUGGAGAACAGAUUGAAAGCACCGACUAUACCGGUCAUCAAGGAACUGAGGGCAGCCGACAUACACGUGCUAAUGAUCACCGGGGAUAAUAUCCAAACAGCUGUGAGCGUGGCAAAAGAAUGUGGCAUUUUGUCGCCGCGAGAGACUGUGAUAGACGUAACUGUGGUUACGAAAGAAAACAAGAUGCAACCGGAGAUUUAUUUCAACGCUCAGGAAUUCACUCCCAAACUGACUCUUCGAGGCAAGAAGCUCAAGAUUACCGAAUUACGGGAUAUGGAACAAACCUUAGGCAAUAGUAAUUAUCGAUUCGCGCUGACGGGUCAGUCGUGGCAGUUGUUGCGCGAGUAUUAUCCGGACAUAGUACCCAAGAUCUGUGUGCGCGGUGCAAUAUUCGCCAGGAUGACUAGCGAUCAGAAGCAGCAAUUGGUGUUGGAGCUGAUGCAACUGGGCUAUUACGUUGCCAUGUGUGGAGACGGUGCGAACGACUGCGGUGCACUGCGAGCGGCGCACGCGGGUGUAUCCUUGUCCGAGGCGGAGUCUAGUGUUGCUAGUCCGUUCACAUCCAAGGUACCUGACAUCACUUGUGUUCCAAAGGUAAUCAAGGAAGGUCGAGCCGCGUUGGUCACGUCGUUCGGCAUCUUCAAGUUUAUGGUCACUUACUCGCUGACAGAGUUCCUCUCCGUGAUAAUCCUAUACUCCAUCGACUCGAAUUUAACGGAUCUAGAGUUUCUAUUCAUCGAUAUUUGUUUAGUCGUGAAUUUCGCUUCGUUCUUCGGGAAAACGCGGGCGUACGAGAAGAAGCUGGUUAAGAAACCCCCGAUGACUAGCCUUUUAAGUUUCACGACGAUCUUCUCUUUGAUCGUACAUAUGUUGAUUAUGACAAUUUUUCAAGCAACCGCUUAUUACAUGGUACGGAUUUUCCCCUGGUACAAGCCGUUCGUUUAUACCGGCGAAUCGUACGCGUGUUACGAAAAUUAUUCCGUCUAUUGUGUCUCCAUGUUCCAAUAUAUAACUAUGGCGAUAAUAUUUUCUCGCGGGAAGCCGUACAGGGAAGCUAUUUAUACGAACGUUACCUUCAUCGUUUCCAUUAUUUUACUGACUACGGUGUGCACAUAUAUCACCGUUUAUCCUGCAGAAUGGAUAGUGAAUCUACUCGAGCUACUUGUACCUCAAGCUUACAACUGGAAGAUCAUUAUUUUGGCCCUAGCUUUAGCGAACUUUAUAGUCUGCAUCGCGGUUGAAACUUUCGUGAUAGAAUACAUGAUAGAGAUGAAAUUGAAAUCAAAGUUUUACAGGCCCGAAAAGUCCAAGAAAGCGUACCUAAGAAUAGAACAUGAAUUGCAGCACAACUUAAGUUGGCCGAAACUUAACAAAGAACUACCCGUUUUGCCGUUAACGCCAAGUGUAGAAAAUAUCAUUAACGUAUCGUACGCGGAGGAGCAAUGUUACGCGAACGAAAAUGAGAAAAGUGUCAACGGUAAGAACCGAUAUCAGACUAUAGAGUCGAGUAAACAGAGUAAACAGAGUAAACAGAGUAAACAGAGUAAACAGAAUAAAGAGAAUAAAGAGAAUAAAGAGGAUAAAGAGAGCAGAGAGAGUAAAGGGUUACACGGGUUUGAUAAUUGUACAUUUGUCAACGACGAAUUACCGCGAAACAUGAAUAUGAUAACUAGAUUUUAAGAUCAUUAAGAUUUUAAUGUCUUCCAACAUUUCACAGUUCGAUAAUCAUUCGAGACGAGUAUAAUUAAACGUGCUUCGUUUAAGUUAGGACUUCCAAACCGUAGACAAUGGACAGUGAAAUAAUUGCACCAGUAUUUGUAUAUAAGUAUUAUUAUGAUAAUUCUAAAGCAAUAAAUAUUUUUACUACAAUACGGAAUAAAACAAACGUGUCAAGAAAUUUCUCAUCGCUCUGUGCGUACUCGAAAAAAUCCAAAAUAUAUUUUUAUAUACAGUCGAAGUAUAGUAUUGUAAGUACUCUCUAACAGUUACAUUCUCCUAGAGAAUUUCGUUCAAUCUUCUCAAUGUAAGGAUAUUUUAUUUUAACGGUGAACCGAGGGAAAGACGUUAUUUCUUCUUGCUGUUUCGAACGCGUAACGUGUGUAUACAAAAUCUUUAUUUAUUAUGAGAAACAUGUUUCUUGCUCAAUAAAAGAUUUGAGCAUCCAAGAAAUAAAACAAAUUACAGAUCAUAAGACGUGAUCUUUUCUCAUCUUCUGUUCCAAUAAUUUCGAUCUUUUUAGCAUUUUCUAUAUUACAAACAAUAAGUUAUAUUUAUAAAUACCUGUAUACGUAAUUAGAAAAAUUAUAUUUUUAAACUAAGCUCACCUAUAAUGUCGUUUUGAUUUUCCACUAGUUCAUUCCUGAUCCAGUUCUUGUAACGAAGCACCACUUUAUUUAUUAUUUGUACCGUACUUUCGUGUAUCUUAGGCUUUAAAAGAAGACUCGGUAGAGUUGAAAUAAAUUCUUUAAAUACACGUUCUCUGCAAUGCAUUGACAAUUGGUAAAAACAGUUUGAAACCAAGUAGAACUUGAAAUGAGUGCAUAGAGAAAAUUUACCUGUGUAAUUCGUGCAAUGUAUGGUCUAACAUAAUAUCACUGAUGCUGGAAAACAAUUGUAAUUGCAGUUCUUUCUUCGACUGAUCGCAACAUGCGUUUACAACCGAUUGUAGAGUUUCGCUAAGAUCAAGAUUAUUUCUGUACCAAAUUUUACUUGCUUUCAGAAAUAAUGUUCUCAAUAAUUUAAUCAACUGUGGUAAAACGAUAUUAUCUUCGGGUGACCAGUCCUCGAGUCUCUCUACAAGAGAACAAACAUGGAAACCAUAUGUAAAAAAAAAACGAAUGAUUCUCCGUGAAACUUCCACAACCAUGUAGACUUACCAUUUAAGUAUUUAAGUACAGACAUAGAAUAAGUUUUAUUUAGUUUAGGUGUAAUUUUAUCAUUGUAUUGUAUUGUUGUAAACCAAACGUAAAUUUGACAAAGUCCUAAAUUAUCUCCCAAGGAAAUAUCGC